UUCCUGUAGGCGGAAAGGAGAUUCCGGUUCCGGGUGUUUUCAUAGUUGACACGGAGUCACAGAGAGCUCUGAUUAUGAUCUUUACCGAAUUACAACAUCUAUAUUAACAACUAAUUUAGUUUUUUUUUAAACUCGUAUUAUCGUCGCUAAAAUGACGACCCGCUCUGAGAGAGAGAAGGCCCAGAAACUGAACGAGCAGCAUCAGGCCAUUCUUAGCAAAUUGUUGAGAGAGGAAGACAACAAGUACUGCGCCGAUUGCGAGGCGAAAGGUCCAAGAUGGGCAUCCUGGAAUCUUGGAGUGUUUAUCUGCAUCCGAUGUGCUGGCAUCCACAGGAACCUGGGAGUACAUAUAUCCAGGGUAAAAUCAGUCAAUCUGGACCAGUGGACCUCAGACCAAAUGCAGUGUAUAAAGGACAUGGGUAACACCAAGGCCAGGCGUCUUUAUGAGGCUAACCUUCCAGAUAGCUUCAGAAGACCUCAAACAGACCAAGCGGUGGAAUUAUUUAUCAGGGACAAGUAUGAGAAGAAGAAAUAUUACGGCAACAAUGUGACAAAUGGGAACAGUCCAAAGGAUGGUAAGAAAGAAAAGGAGCCAGACACAAGAAUCAAAGUCAUACCAUACACCAAGAAUGAAGAGCCCGUUCCGGUUCCUAAAAUCAGUCCUGUGAAGACCUCAGAACCCUCAUUGAACCUGCUAGGCCUUGAAGCACCGGUACCUGAAUUAGCAAAUGACUGUAGCUCCAGCACAAGCCAAAACAAUAAUGACCUGGAUAUAUUUGGUCCGAUGGUCUCUAACCCUCUCCCUGCAUCCACUUCUGCAGCUCAGUUUUCUCAGUUUUCUCAGAUGAUGUCCAGCAAUGCAAGCAUCAUUCCAACACCGGCUCAAGCAGCAGGGGUUACAGCUGGUUCGGCCACAGUGCCAGAGGAACUGGACUUGUUCAAUGAGAGUAAUAGUACCACUAAAACAGACAACACAGUCAAACAGCCUCUGUCCAAGGACUCAAUUUUGUCCCUCUAUGGAACUCACAGCAUAUCACAUUCAACAUCAGCAGCUGCCAUGUUCAUGGGCCCAUCGCAGAUACAGAUUCCUGUGCAGGCUUCAACUGGCUAUCAAGCUUUACCUGGAAUGGCCACGCCCAUGCCACACACAUCUGUCAUGGGUGCCAUGAUGGCUCAGAGCACAGCAACAAUGAUGGGACCCAGUCAGACAAUGAUGGUUGGGAUGACGAUGCCAAAUGGCUUCAUGGGAAAUGCGCCUACUGCCGGUGUGAUGAGCAUGACCCCACGUAUGAUGAGACCACCAGGUGGUGCAUUGCCUUCAGGCACAUUGCCUGCUCAAGGCAUAUAUGCCAUCCAGCCUGGGCAGCAGGUUCAGUUGAACAUGAGUCAGGUGAACCAGCAGAUGUCAGCAUUCUCUCUGAAUGGUACGGGUGGCCAGAUGACGUUUAGCCAGCCAUCAUCAUCUAUGGGUGGAUGGACUGCAGCUGGAUCUGCCCCGACUCUGAGUACACAGCUAUGGAAGUAAAUCUUCAGACACAUGGUGGUGGGAUUAAAAAAAAAAAAAAAGGAAAUCUAGAUCACACAAAAAGUACAAUGAAUUUGCUGUUUGCUUGGUCUUUCACAAACUGAACUGAUGGCCAAAUACUCACGGACCUUCAAAAGCUACCACAUUCUCUCCCCCCGCCGCCCCACCCCCCCUCUCUCUCCAUGUGUUUUUUUCUCUUUUUGUGAGUCAACUGGAGGGUGUGACUAUAUCGUAGCAUUAUCGUUUUUGAUCUUAACUUUUCAUGGGAGAAAGAAAGAAAAAAAAAGCAAGGUUCCAACAGAAAUUAUACCACCAUAUGGAGAAAAAGCUGCAGGACCAGUUACACACAAUUUCAUUGUAUCACUUUAUAAAUAUAAGAUUAUAGAACGUUUAAACGAAUCAUAUUUAAAGGGGCAAGGUCCACUAUAUUGUCUGUCAAGUACUGCUUGCAUAUACUGUGUGUAUAACCUUUCAGAGUACUUUUGUUUUCCCUAUAAAAUUAAAGUAACAACCAACAUCUUA